GAUGGAGCGCGCGCAAGCGGCGCAAGCCUGCAAGGAGUCCUUCUACAAUCAACCAUCCAUCUCACACGUGACAUGUCACGUGUGUCACAUAUUGCAACGUGCCCCCUCCUAGCGCUCAACUGGAUCAACGGCAGCGGCUCAACUUUGGCGGGUUUUGAAUGUGAUGUUGGCAACUACAAAAAGCGGCUGCUUGCAGCUUUUGCAGCUCGUCGCGCAGGGAGAUUAGUCAGACGAAGUCCUCGGCAAGUAUUGACAAGGUCAAAAUCGAUCGAGCCGCAGACCCUGCGGAUAUCACUUUGCUCGGAUAGAGCUUCAUUAGCAGAAAGCAGAUAGCUGUUGAUAACAGCUGCCGACCCGCUUCACAAUCGACGAUGGCGUUCUCUCUCGCUGGUAGUUUAGGCCUAGCGACGACAUCGGCUCUCCUCCGACGCACUUCUGCGGCGAUCCGCUGCCUCGCCACAAGCACGGAAAACAUCGCAGACCUCGUCAAGGGCGACAAGGUGGUCGUAUUUAUGAAGGGGGUGCCCGAGAGUCCUCGUUGCGGCUUCAGCAACGCCGUCGUCCAAGUGCUUCGGAUGCACGGCGUUCAGUACAAGGCGCACGACGUUAUGGAAGACGAAAAUCUACGACAAGGCAUCAAGGCUUAUAGCAACUGGCCGACGAUCCCACAGGUCUAUAUCGACGGACAGUUCGUGGGCGGCUGCGACAUUCUGCUACAGAUGCAUCAGAACGGCGAACUGAUCGACGAACUGGCUAAAGUCGGCAUCAAGUCGCUUCUCGUCGACGCAGCGCCGGCCAGCGAGCAAGAAACGACGAAGAAGUAGCCACGACUGGCCACGACUGCGACCGCCUUUUCUAAUCCGGGGUCUUCGCUUGUGCGGUGGUAAAUUAGCUGCCCAGGACACGCCAACGACCUCGCCUCUGCUGGCACUCCUUGCCGACGCUGCUCGCCUGCUACGGAGGUGGCGGACGUGAGGAGCUUGCUCUCUGCAAUGGCAGCGCCCAUAGGAGGAGCCUGUCGCGUUGUUUUCAUCAUGGCGGCGCCCGUGUGUGGCUUUGUGUAAAUAGCGUGCGAACUUUACCGUGAACUUCGCUCUGUAGUUCACCUCUAGUGCCACCUCUUGAAAGUAUGGUUUUGGAAUAUUGUGGGGGAAGUCAAUGUUUCAGUUAAUCAGUCUCUUUUUUUUAUAGUUUUGGAGUUGUGUAGAAGAAUAAAAAUUCGCGACUUGUAUCCCCA